UCUGCGAACGGGACGGGUGGCGCUGGUCGGGUACCGGACGGCAGUCUGUCGUUAUGACGGGCUCCGGUCCGAAGCUCGGGGUCCUGCUGCUGGUGGCGGUUCUGCUGCAGACUGUGGUCGUCACCAUCACCGUGCUGCACUUCACAACGGCUCUCAACUCGAUAAAGGAGACUUUUGCCAGGAGCAGUGUCUCCUGUUUGACGGGCACUGACCUGCAGAGCAUCACGGAUGUGCGAGGGGAUCUAUGCUGGCAGGUCACUCAGCAGGUUCACCUCCUCAUCGAGAAGUCAUUGUCUCAGCAGAGGCAGAGACAGAGGCUGAGGCAGAAUUCGUCGGAAGUGAAAGAUGAAGUCUCCCAGGUGCUGCUCUCUCUCUCUCGCCCCAAAGUUGCCGCUCAUGUCACGGGCAGCUUUGUCCCCAAACUGGAGCGAGCAGGAGGAGCUCCAGUCUUUGCUGGGCGGCGCGUUUAUGGCCAGAAGAUCUCAUGGUGGGAGGGCCGUAAGGGGCUGGCCUUCCUCCAGGACGUCCAGCUGGUGGAUGGAGAGCUGGUGGUGUCGCAGCCGGGCCUCUACUACGUCUACGCCCAGACUUACUUCAGACACAGCCACCUGGGGGAGGAUGGAGAGGACAGCGAGGAGGUGGAGGAUAGGGGGAAACCUCUGCUGCAGUACAUCUAUAAGAAGAUGAGCUCAUACCCGGCUCCCAUCCUGCUGAUGAAAACAAGCCGCACUUCCUGCUGGUCCCGAGGUUCCCAGUACUCUCUUCACUCCGCCCACCAGGGGGGGCUGUUCCCGCUCACUACCGGCGACCGCCUGUUCGUCACGGUGACAAAUGCAUCUGCUGUGGACAUGGACGAGGAGACCAGCUUCUUCGGUGCAUUUCUGAUCAGCUAGAGUAGCAGGUCCUGGACUGGGCAUCUCGGGUUUUGCCUGAUGAAAUAGCUUAAUGAUGCUACCAUGCUGUAAUGAUGAGCGUGGUAGCAUCUAGACUUCUCCUAGAGUUUAAAACUAUAAAAGUCAAGGAGAAGUCAAACAACUUUUACGACACUGGUUCUCUGGGGGGAGAAAACACUGAUGUGGCUGUGCAUGAGUGCUUAUCAAACCAAACAGACUUUUGUAUUCGAGUGUCUUAAAGUAAGUGUGGACUGGACUUUCCAGGGGUGUAGUUUUUUUGACAAACAUCUCUUUAAGGUGGAAGUACAGUUUUUAAGGAUAUGUAGGCCCAAAAGCAAUUUUAAUAUCCAACUAGGCAUCUAAUGCCUAAUUCAUAGCUCUGGACGCAAUAUCCAACCUAGAUCUUCAGCAAAAUAUAGACUACUUGUUGCACAAACAGUUUAAUUUCUUGUUGUGUCAUCUACAAUCUGUGUGGAGAGCAAAAGGAGGAUUCAAUUUGCUAAAAUGCAAUCUAGAAAGGAGUUCCUAAACUAAUCCACGGGCUACACCGGAAUACCCCCAAAAUUACGCGCAUCUCCAGAGGCUUAAACAACAGACUAGCUGAAAUCUUGGAUAGGUAGGUCUCAAUGUCACACUGAGAUGCAAACCUGCAGAUCAACUCUUACAGCCUACUACACACCCUGAGGCAAAUGUAAUGUAGGGCAUGCAUUUUAAACUGCUUCAGCCCAGUUGCUCCACACCUGCAAGCCACUUUGUAGCCCACCUUCACCUACCGCCUCUUUUUCUUUCUUCUCUGCAGGGUCUUGCUGCCGCUGCAGAGGUCCCAGAGCAGAGUCAUGUAGCCAAAAGUAAAUUAGUGCAGAUGGAAGUAAUGUUUUGCCAUAGUGGUCUUGCCUGGGGUAGAUUUAACUGAUAGACAAUUUGGCUGUGAAGUGGCUGUGCAACACAAAUAUCCACAGGAAGGUUUGCCAAAGACCGAGAGUUUGUCAAACUUUUAUUCUUUGUUCAGCACGACUGCUGCUGUCCAAAGCAGUCGUGCCUAAAACCACCAAAAGUUGGAACCAUUGAAACUGCCUGUGUUGCCUGAACAGGCUUCCAGUCCAUCAGGGGGCUAGCACAAAGAAUCAGAGCUUUAACGCUUAUAUCCAAGCCUAUGACUAAUUUAGAAACACUAAGAAACCUGUACGUUUUUGGACUGAGGGAGAAAACUGGACCACCUGGAGAAAAGUCCAUGGAGGCACAGGAAGAACACAAAAGCUCCACAUAAAAGGCCCACCUGACCACAAAGUUUAAACCAAGGAACCAUCUUGCUUUGAGGGGACAGUGCUCCCCACCAGGCUUGGAUAUACCAGUCACAAAUAAACAAAAGCAAUACCUGCUGCAGUUUUUUUCAGUUCUGCCAUUAAGAAAUGUUUGUAUAAAAGUCAUUUGAGUCCACACAGAAAUUUUAGGUGUAUUCCUGUUUAGAGGUGUAAAUGCUGUGCUAUAUUUUUUUAUUUUUAUAAUAAUCAUUUAAGUAUUGAGUUGGUGAACUCUUUGUUCUUGAUAUUCCCCCAGUCAGUGGACAAACAUGUGGGUAAAAGUAUAAACCUUAGAGACAAUUUACUGCCUUUCAGAUAUACUUAAUAUACCGACCCAUCAUGUUGACAACCAUACUGGGACUAUGAAAUAGGGCUGCUUACAGUCUAUACUUUGUGGUGCAUCUGUCUGCACCAGGACCGCAGUCUCGCUUUCUUCUGUCAGACUUCCAGCAUUUGGCUCGUCCACUCCAACCUUUCUCCAAGAGGUGCAUUGAAUGCUCCCUUGCAGUUGGUAUUCAUGCUAUGUUGGAUUAACUGCAGAUGUGACUUUCAGACUCGGGAAAAUGGUCUGCAUCUAAACAGCAGAAAUAUGUUGUUUUCUUGUCUGUGUAGCUCUGCUGCUUUCCACAUUGUUGUAGUGAACAACACUGCAGAUGCCUUCCAAGGUAAUUCAAAUUAAAAAGCUGUUUUCACACAUGGUCUGCAGCCCCGAACCUUAGCAGACAUGACCAGACAGAGGUGCAUGAUGGAAAACAAAUGUUUGAGGCAAUCAAAUAGGACCGUAGCCUGAUUUAACCUUCCAGAUCUCUCGUAUUAGGUCCCAGUGAUUUGUGAGAGCAGAGCAGCUAUUGUUUGGUACAGCACUAAUGAUUGGGCAUCAGAAAUGAAGAAAUUCAAUUGUUGAAAAAGGUCUUUAUUCAGUCUUUCAAAAGUCUUAAAAAUAAUAAAGCGUGAGAACAGAAUAUAUAACAAAUAAGGUGACCAGGUUUUUCCUGUCUGCUAGCUGUCAGUAAAAACUGGUGGCCAAGUGAUUUCAAACUUUAUGCGAUGGGAAUCAAACCAGUGCACUCCCUCACAAGUUCCAGGUCACGUCUACUGUCCUGCCAAGGAAAUGUUUGUUUUCAUGUGCAACUAGAGCAUCAAACAAACCACACAAACAAUUUUUUUCUUCCAGUUUUUGCUUGUUUAAAGCAGCUGGCCUCAAAUUUCAUUCUGUGUGGAAUGAAAAAUAAAAUCCUAAUUCUAAUUUAAGGUGCAGAAAACCUGGAGAAGUUGCUAUAAUUAACAUCAUCAUCAUCUGCUGAUGGCGUGAAUGUAAACCCCCUCCAAAUAUUUACCAUUACCACAAAAAUGAUCAGCUCGAUGCUGCUGAACACAAGACUACACCUGGUAAUGUAACUUUAAGCAACGAAUACUUUUAAUCUGGUUAUGAAUUCAAUCUCAAGUAUCCCCAUUAAAGGUAUUUUGUUGUAUUCACUGAUGGAUGCAGCAAGAUUUAGUUGAGUUUAACGUGACAUAAAGAGACAUGAAUGCAACAUUCACUGUAUUACUUAUGUAAAUAAAACAAAGCACAAUCAUUUCUCGUAAGUUGUGUUUAAGAACGCGUGUUUAAACUUUUGUAAAGGUGGUUGUUUUAAGUUUUGUUAAGUCUAGUCUUUUGUUAACUCCGGACCAACUUUGAUGUAAAAAUGUGGUUUCACGUUUGUGUUUUGGGGUUAGUUAUUUGUGAAGUGGAUCUACUACAAAACAGUCCAUGCUAUUUUUCCCUUUCACUCCCGAUCAGACUGGGACGUUGAUGUGAAUGAAGCCAGUACCUUAAAUUCAGCCUCCAUGUAGAAACAUCCGCCUGCACUCAGCCCUCUUUGUCCACUUCAGUUUAUUUCCCGGAAAGGCAUCAAAAACGGACACUCAUAUUAAGGUUAUUAAGAAUUAAAUUCUUUGCCAGACAAUUAAAUGUGAAUGUAAAUAAUCCAAUUUUUGUGGGUGUAAAUAUGUGAAAUAAAGACUCAAUAA